UUAUUGGUCGAAGAGCAGGGAGUGCAAAGCGCAUAAGCAACGAAUGUUUUUCUCCAACAAAAAUUUGUUGUAAAUUGUUUAUAUCAAGUACGACCGUCGUACUUGGCGCUAACAAUUAUCGCUUCAAUUUAAUUCGUUCAACUUGGGCAGUGCACGCAGUUCGAAAUUUCUGUAAAAUGCCUUCCAAACUAAAGAAAGUGUGUAUCAUAGGCAGUGGUAACUGGGGUUCUGCUAUAGCCAAAAUAAUUGGUAAAAAUGUACAAAAACUGCCACAAUUUGAUAAUGAAGUUACAAUGUAUGUGUAUGAAGAAAUUAUGAAUGGAGAGAAAUUAACGGAAAUCAUCAAUGAGACACACGAAAAUGUAAAAUAUUUGCCGGGACAUAUACUUCCUGAAAAUGUCGUGGCUGUUCCUGAUGUGGUUGAUGCAGCAAAAGAUGCAGACUUUUUGAUUUUUGUUGUGCCGCAUCAGUUUAUUCGCACGUUAUGUUCUACUUUACUCGGCAAAAUAAAACCAACAGCUGUGGGAUUAUCACUUAUCAAAGGUUUUGAUCAAGCAGCAGGAGGAGGAAUUGAAUUAAUAUCACACAUUAUCUCCCGGCAUUUAAGAAUUGCUUGUCAUGUCUUAAUGGGUGCGAAUUUAGCGGGAGAAGUUGCCAAUGAGAAUUUUUGUGAAACAACAAUUGGCUGUAGAAACUUCCGUUUGGCACAGACACUUAAGGAUCUUAUUGAAACAGAUUAUUUUAGAGUGGUCGUCGUCAAUGAUGAAGAAGCCGUUGAAGUAUGUGGUGCUUUAAAGAAUAUUGUCGCGUGCGGUGCAGGUUUCGUAGAUGGCCUGGGAUUAGGUGAUAAUACAAAAGCGGCAGUUAUUCGAUUGGGUCUAAUGGAAAUGAUCAAAUUUGUUGAAAUAUUUUAUCCAGGAUGUAAGCUAUCAACAUUUUUUGAAAGUUGCGGGGUUGGUGAUUUAGUAACUACCUGCUAUGGAGGUCGUAAUCGUCGAGUGAGUGAAGCUUUCGUGAAAACUGGCAAGUCCAUAAAACAACUAGAAGAUGAACUACUAAAUGGACAAAAGUUACAAGGUCCCUUUACGGCUGAAGAGGUUAACUUUAUGUCGAAAACUAAGAACAUGCAGGAUAAAUUCCCCCUAUUUACUGCAAUUCACAAUAUUUGUGCCGGUAAACUUCCUGCUGCCGAACUAAUAAACUGCAUAAGAAAUCAUCCAGAACAUAUGGGCAUAUUUGAGUGCGAUGAAGCGAAAUCCAAACUUUAACGUGACCCACUUACGUUGCACGUUCACUCUCCCCAUCUUUACACACUAAAUCUAAAAUUAUCCUUUUUAUUAAUUUUGUAUACGUUCCCAUUUAUCACGUAUUGUUUUGUAAUAAUUAUUUAAAAAAUGAGGCAUUUAACCCUUAGCUUAAGCUUUAAGAAUUUCAAGUAUUCAACUUACAAGUAUUUCCUAGGUAGGUGACUCUUUUUUAUUGUUUAUAUAUUGUUUACCCUCAGUUUAAACGUGUGCCGUAUCGUUUAAUAAAUUUGUUAUGAGUGAUCUUA